AUGCCAGCCUUCACGGGGCGAGCACUUUCUAGACAGGAACCCAUCAUCCAGUUCUACGUGGAUCUGCUUGUGCAAAGGCUGAGUCAGCGGAUAACCGCCAUGAGUGACGAGAACCAAGGGAGCGUCGUCAAUGUAGUCGAUUGGUUCCAUUGGUUCGCAUUUGACCUCAUCGGUGAGCUUGCCUUUGGGGAGUCGUUCGGCUGCCUCGAGGACACGAAGCAUCAUCCGUGGAUAACUAUGAUCUUCAGCUCCAUCAAAAUGAUGGCCUUCGCUGCUGUGACACGGUAUUACGCUGGCCUAGAACCUCUCCUCCUAUUCCUCAGGCCCCCGAGCAUACGCAAGAUGCAAGAUGAUCACUAUGAGAUGGCAUUGGAGAAGAUUCACCGCCGCAUGGCUGGCUCUGACCGAGACGACUUCAUGAGCCCCAUGCUCAAGAACAAUCCCGACUUUGACAGAAUGACCGUUCCAGAAAUUGAGUCCUCAACAGCCAUCCUCAUUCUUGCGGGAAGUGAGACAACUGCGACGACGCUGUGCGGUAUAGUCAACUGCCUCGUCCAAAACCCCAGACAGCUACGCAACCUGGAAGAAGAAAUCCGAGGUCAUUUCGCAAGCGAGACGGGUAUCACUCUACGUGCCAUUCAGAACCUUCCUUUCCUCAAUGCGGUGGUUUGGGAGGGCUUGAGAAUGUGCAACCCUGUGGCUGGAGGCAUCUUGCGCAGCGUUCCCAAGGGCGGUUCGACCCUUUGCGGUCACUUUUUGCCUCAAAGUACCCAUGUGCUCAUCAACACGACCGCUAUGUCGCUUUCGGAGGCUAAAUUCCGACGUGCCCACGAGUUUUUGCCUGAGCGUUUUCUCCCAGAAGACAUGCGGCCAACAGAAUUCGCCAGGGACCAUCGGCAGAACCAGAAGCCCUUUGGACUGGGGGCACGCAGUUGUCUAGGCAAAUCAUUUGCUUUGGCCGAAAUGAGGCUUGCACUGGCGCGCCUAAUGUGGAGGUUCGAUAUUUCCAUGGGUCCGGGAACGCAGGUCGAUUGGAACCAAUUGAAGACAUAUGUUGUGGUCCAAAAAUUGGCAGUCAAUGUUUCCAUGAAAGAGAGAUUCCACAUAAACAAGAAGACAGCACCUCACAGUCUCUGA